CGCGAGACGUGUGUAUGUGUUCUGAGGUUAUCUCCCACAUUCGUGUUUCCGAAGUUUCGUCGUGUGACAGUGAUGGUGCUCGCUGACUUUCUCACCGAGACCAGAAGGCGAUGGCUAAAGGCCUUCAAACUGUUCAAAGGCAACAAGAGCCGCAAAUCGGCGCGCAACCGCGUGUCCCCCGGUUUGGUGCGGUCACCCUCGCUGAGCGGCACGGUGGACGCGCGCGCAGAGAUAGACGUGCGAAACUUCUGUCCGUGCCGCGCCUCUAUGCCGCCCCUGCAUCUCAACAACGAGUCCUACGAGAACACGUCCUACUACAACAGCUAUAAUAGUUACAGCUCGCACAACAAUAGCCUGCAGAGCUAUUCCAAUGACAGCGGCAGGUCGGACUCAGCGUACGAGUCGACGCGGAGUAGCCCCGCGCACACACGACCGGUCUGCUACGCCACCGUCACAUACUUCAAUGUGAACGACAGCGAAGACAGCAGCAGCAUACAUACUGAAUACACCACCCUGGACUAUGACCCUGACGCCGAGGACGAGAGCAAACAGAACGAGAUCAACGAGAGCAUUGAACUGGUCAGCACAUUGUGAACACAUAGAGACAAACGCUAGAAUGUUUUCUGUAUGUGGUAUACGAUUUUGAAUUUGAUAGAAGAGAGCGUUCCUACUAAGCAGUACAUUAGUUCGAAUGAAUAUCGUAAAGAAUGAACGUGUUGAAAGUGUGUGUGUGAAUUGAAUACACGAGUCUCAAAUUUAAGUUAAUUUACUGACCACGAAUAUAUGGAUAUUCGUAACUCAAUGUUGCAGUGAACAUGGUCAUUUUUCUUUCAUAAUGGCUAGUUAUUACAACAUAAAUUUGUAUAACGUUGCAUACAACUUACUUUGUGAAUCAGUUUUUUGAGUAUUGGUACAAAAUAUAACAGUUAUUUAUCAAUCUAAGCAUUCCAUAUGUAUAUUGAAUCUUGAAUCUAAUACUUUUUAAUUUGCACAAAGGUCAUAUAAAUCUUUAGAGACCGCAUUAAAGUUCACAACGUUCAGUUCCGUCCUUUAACAAUUAGUUAAUGCACAAAUUUAUCUGCCAUUUAGUAACGCAUUACUUAUUUGUACAAUCAAAUAACAUAAUAAUUAUUGACACAUUUUAAAUAACUUACAAAAUGUAAUUUAUAUUCACAUAAUAGAACAUUAGUCAAAAAGCCAAAUAUCAAGAGGCUUGUCGGCAGCAUACUACGCUGUAAUCCUUCUUAGCACUUAUGUGAUAAACAAUUGCCGAUCAUAUGUAAAGGUCAUUUACACUACCAACUUGCAAUGACUUUACUUAUUUUACAGUACACUAGACUGACAAUAAGCAAUUUAAUAUUGAAAAACCAACAAUUAUCUUAAAAUGACUGACAUAAAAAACGCGUAAUUCCUAACUUAUGCGAUUAUGAAACACAUAUCGCUUUUUAUAGAUUCUAGUACUUUGCGGUUGACUGAUUUUGCACAAUACCAUAUUUUAUAUAAUAAUAUUAUAAAUAUCGUCACCCAGGGAUAGUGUAACUUUCAAACAAUAAAAUAAUUAUUCAAAUCGGUUGAAUAGUUUCAGAGUUAAUGCAAACAAAUAUUAAUAAAUAUUUGGUAUACUAAAGAAUCAUUUUCUUAAAGUGACCGUUGGAUGGACCUCAAGUAAUCCCACAGGAACUGUUAAAAGCUACAAAGUUUAUGUAAUGACGCACGGAAAAAUUUUAAUCUGGGAAACUCGUUAAAACUUUUAGACAAACCACAACAAAGUAAUACCAUCUCUUAAUUUUUGAAAAAAUAAAUGAAGAAAAAUUGGUAAAGUUUUUCCGAAAGUUCAACUUAGAGGUGAUUAAGAAUAUAAAACAUUUUGCAAAUAUAGUUCUA